GCAAUUCAGACGAUAGUCAUAUUAUUGAAUUGGUAGCAAACGUUCGCUCUAAGGCAAACAAUACUAAACAAAAUGAUUCCAUUUAAUUUAAUACUGAGUUUUCUGUGAAAGAAGAUACAAGUAAAGUGGAGCAUUCUGAUAAUUUGCAUAAGUAAAUUAUUGAGAGUGUCAAAAUAUUGAGUCACUCAAAUCAUUUGUGAAAGCAAAUUUAUUGUGAGUGUCAUCAAGAUAAGUGUUUCAAGUGCAACGUUAAAACAGUUUGAAAUUAUUAAAGCAACUUUUGAUCGCACGACAAACAUUGGCAAUCUUUUUGAAAACUGUCAAAAACUGAAAAAGAAAGAAGCAACAUCGGUUUAUAUAUCUUAACUUUAAAGUAUAUUUGACGAACGUUUGAUCAAAUCUUCCACCAUGCCUCCAAUGUUUGGCCAACCCAACUACAAUUUUGACGAUACCGAGGAAGAUUACGGCGAGUAUAAGCAAGACGAUGAGAAUUCCCAAGUUAACCUGACGCACAUGGCCUUCUGGUACAUGGUCGUGCUGAUUGGCAUGCUCCUCAGUUGGCUAGUGAUCUUCUUCUGCCUCAGGAUUAUCACUUUAGGGCAAAAAACUCGGAAUCAGCCGCAGAGGCGGGGCGUGUUUGUGGGCUCCCGCGAGAGGCCGUCGGCGCAGCCCGAGCCCACCAUUUAUGUGAGCCCGGCCAAUUUACCGCCACCUCCCAAAUAUGAGGCACUAGCCCCGCCUAGUUACGAGGAAGUCAUGGCAGCUGCCUACCCCGACUACCCAGCCACCCAGCCGCAACCCAUCACGUACCCCCUCACGCACGCCGCACAAGCUUCCUCGUCACCGCCAAGAUCCGAGGAACCUCCACAAUCCACGGUCAUAACAGUCACUUCAGACGAGAGAAGAACGUCUGUGACCGUCGCCACGUCAUGAUACCGUUAAUGCAUCGUUAUGUUAUAACGUGUUAAUUGUAAUUUAAGUUGCCGUUGCCGUGUCUGAGUAGGUACGUCGAAAACUAAUGACGUUAAGUUAUUAGUUGAAUAAUAAAAUUGCAAAUUCUAGAGUGAAAUUUAAUUGUAAACAAAGUACGGCAUUUAAAACAUUUAACAAAACAAAAAAGUGACAGCAUAUUAAAUUGAAAACGCAAUAGUACAAUAUUUUUAAAAUUUAAUAAUUUUGCUCAAUUCUUAAUUUACCUGAGCCAAAUCGUAGCCUUCGGGUCUUAUGACUUCUAACUUUUUAAAAACAGAUGGUAAAUAAGUAUGUUAGAUAUUUCACUAAUAUUUAUAUUCUUUACCCUUUUUAUAAUAGUCGGGCUUGAAAUUAUUUCGGGUGUAGCUGUAUCAAUUUAGCUCAAUCUGCUUAAUUUGUCUGGUAUAUUUUUAUAUAUUAACUCUUUUUUCUAUUAAAACUUAUAUUAUAAUAAUAAAAACAAAAAUUAACUAGCUACCAUUGUUUCUUAUCAAAUUGUAUGUAUUUAUUUAUACAAAAGAAUAUAAAAUGGUUCGUUUAAGAUCUAAACAAAACUUCGUACAAAGCCAAUUUAUUUUCAUUUUUAUUAUUUCGAUAAUCAAAUUGUUUUGUUGAUCAAAUGUUGAGAUGGCAAAUUUUACAUGUGGCAACAUUCCACAUACCAUAGUAUGAUCUGCAUAAGACUUUGUAUUUUCUUGUAAGUUUUCUAGCUAUGCUGCAUUUAAACUUACAACUCAGUAACUAGUCAAAAGAGACUGUAUGGAUAUUCAAUUUAAUAAUAACAAUUAUUUUAUUAGAAUACCUAUAUGACUUUAGAAGAAGCGUAUUACAGUAAUGAAAAAGAUUUUAAUUUUUAGAAUUGAAUUUUUUGAACAUUAUACGCACGACGUAAGAUGUAUUACUUUGUAAAAUAAAUUUAAAGAGAGAGUAGAAAAUAAAACUAUUCUGUUUAAUAAUUAAAUUUAUAAACAUGUGUAAAAAUUAAUUGUAUGUCUACUUGUCAGUAUUUCAACACCACACCUACCUCAAAUUUUAUUAAAAUACCUACACGAAUGAGUUAAGAUUUUAAAAAUUUAAUAUUAGAUUCGUGAUAAAUCUGCUUCUGUUUUAUUUUAAACUAAAGAAUAUUUGUAAACAAUUAGUAAAAUUUGACGUUCAUAUUUUUGUGUCAACGAAGCAUAAAUACAUUCAUCUAAUAAUUCCAAUUUUAAAUAAUUACAAGAUUGUUAUAAUAGUUUUCUUUUUUAAUUUCUUACGCAAAAAUUGUCAUAAACAAUUCAUUAAAAUUUUAUGUUUUAAAAGUAAUUGCUUGUGUAACUUUGCCUUUAAUAAUCUGUCUUUCAGAGGACGCAAGACUGAUUAUAUUUCGAUAAAUUUCUAUUCAAAGACUAGGCACGGUGCUUACAAAAUAUAUUGUCAAAAUAUAUUAUGUCAAUUGACAUAAUUAUGUAAAAAUACCUUUCGAUGUAGUUUUAAGCGACUUGUAUAUAUUAAACUAUAAAUAUUUUAUUAUAAUUUUAAGGACAUA